CAAGUGUCACAAAACCAGAACCAAAAAAAUAACUAACUAGUCAUCAUGAUGUUUCGGUAAAUUUCAAAGAGUCACGAUGAAUGCGAAAGGCAAACUAGCGGCGGGUGAACCCAACGUGAAGGCAUUAAGUACCAUCGGGUACCGCCUGGGCAAGACCAUCGGCAGGGGCACCUACAGUAAAGUCUGCAUCGCCCUCAACGAAAAAGGCGAAAAGUUCGCCUGUAAAAUCAUCAAGAAAAAGUACGCGGGCAGCGAUUUUAUCAAUAAAUUUCUACCCAGGGAAAUUAAGAUUAUUAGCACUAUAAAGCAUCCGAAUAUCGUACAGGUCUACAAAAUCCUAGAGUCCGACGACGUCGUCUACAUCCUCAUGGACUAUUGUAAGCACGGGGACCUAUUGGAGUACAUCAAGGCCUACGGCUUCUUCCCAGAAGAAAAGUCGAAGUUCUACUUCAGGCAAAUCGUGGACGCCGUCCAUUAUUUACACGACAGGGACAUCGCGCAUCGAGACUUGAAGUGCGAGAACGUUUUCAUGAUGUGGAACAACCAACUGAAGUUGGGUGACUUCGGGUUCGCUCGAUCCUGCACCGAUCGUUUUGGCAGAAAAGUCUUAUCGGAUACGUUUUGUGGAUCAGCCGCAUACGCCGCACCCGAGAUAUUAAAGGGUAUAGCCUACGAUCCUAAAAUGUACGACAUGUGGGCCCUAGGGUGCAUCCUUUACAUAAUGAUCACCGCCUCGAUGCCUUUUGACGAUACGAACAUAAAGAAACUGAUCAGGGCCCAACUGAACAGAUCGAUUUUCGCCAUUACGCUCCUGUGGCCCGAGCACUCGUCGAUGUUGAAGAAAUUGAUCAAUUCCCUACUGGAGCCGGAUCUGGACAAGCGGCUGACCAUAAAACAACUGAGGAAGCAUCCCUGGUUUGAGGACGGAAGCGUGACGAAAAUGAAGAAGUUACUGUCUCUGUCUGACUCUUCCCUGUUUUAGAUGUACUUAAUCGACCGUUUAUUUAAUUUAUUAUUGUUUACUGUAUUUUAUUAAAAAAAUUAUUCGUGUAA